UCAGCCAACAAAGCUGGGAGUUGAAGUCCAACAGGUCUUAAAGCAGCCAAGGUUGGAGACCCCUGCACUAGGAUAUGAUCCUGUGUCCAGAUGAGAUCACUGUGAAAAGGAUCUAAUUCAAUGGUUCUCAACUUUGGCAAGUUUUAAGAUGUUUAGAGCUCAGUUUUCCAGGAUUCCCUAGCCAGCCUUCCUCAAACCUUCCUGUACAAGUCUCCUGCGUGAGCAGAGGGUUGGACUAGAUGACCUUCAAGGUCCCUUCCAACUCUGUUACUGUUCAAUGUUAAAGAAGAGACUUUGACUUCAAGGAAGGCCUCUUUCAGCUCCUUUUUCGUGGAAACCUACCCCGGAGGGUAUUUACAUUCGCGCUGACAUAUGUCUGUCUAAUCAGUUCUCAAGGGGGCAUUGAGGACCCUCGGGUCCCGAUUCCUAGAGUGGCAAGUUCCGGUCCGCCAAGCCAUUGUACCGGAUGCGCGUUGCGCCAGCUUCCGGGCGCUGCGGCCUCGGAGGCGGCGCUACAUCCGGUAGCGAUGGAGGAGGAGGCCUCCGGGUCUCGCUCCGAAGCCGCCCAGGCGCCCCGCUCUCCGUCAGGGGUGGCCGAGGAGGAGGAGGAAGUAUCCCCCCGUGAGUGGAGCGAGGCGCAAUUCCGGCACUACGGCUUCGCCACGCGGCCCAUCGCCCGCCUGCGCCACGGAGACCCCCGCGCCGAGGAACUGCUGGAGAAGGAGGAGCCGGUGGUGCUCACUGACACCAAUCUGGUUUUUCCCGCCUUGAAAUGGGAUCUGGAUUACCUUCAUGACAACAUUGGGAGUGGGGACUUCUCGGUGUACCGAGCCAGCACCCACAAAUUCCUGUACUACGAUGAGAAGAAGAUGGCAAACGUGAAAAACUUCAAACCAAAGUCCAGCAGGGAGGAGAUGAAGUUCAGGGAUUUCAUGGCACAACUCCAGGAAAUCGAGCAGCAGGGAAGCGGAGAAAGGCUAUAUCUCCAGCAGACCUUAAAUGACACGGUUGGAAGGAAAAUUGUGGUAGAUUUCCUGGGCUUUAAUUGGAAUUGGAUUAAAAGACAGCAGAUGAAGCGAGGCUGGGGUCAGCUGACAUCCAACUUACUACUGAUUGGCAUGGAAGGAAAUGUGACACCAGCUCACUACGAUGAACAGCAGAAUUUCUUUGCCCAGAUUAAAGGAUACAAACGGUGUAUUCUAUUUUCACCAGACCAGUUUGAAUGCCUUUAUCCUUAUCCUGUGCACCAUCCAUGUGACCGGCAAAGCCAGGUUGACUUCGACAAUCCUGACUAUGAGAAGUUUCCUAAUUUCCAGAACAUAGUUGGCUAUGAAACCGUAGUUGGCCCAGGCGAUGUGCUUUAUAUUCCCAUGUAUUGGUGGCAUCACAUUGAGUCACUGCUGAAUGGAGGAAUUACCAUCACCGUAAACUUUUGGUACAAGGGUGCUCCAACUCCUAAAAGGAUUGAAUACCCCCUAAAGGCUCAUCAGAAAGUGGCUGUAAUGAGGAACAUAGAGAAAAUGUUGGGGGAAGCGCUUGGAAAUCCACAAGAGGUGGGUCCCCUGUUGAAUAUGAUGAUCAAAGGACGGUAUGACUAAUCGCGGACUUCCGCAGGAUAUUGGCGCUAUUUCACCUAAAUGGGGAAGAUAUUAAGCGCUAAUAUUGCACGCGGCACUUAAAAACAGAUGGAUUCCCGGUCCAGCUCUGAUACACUCCACCCAUCAAGGGGAAUGCCUAGAACUCUGAACUCCACUCGUCACUCCUUCAACUUCACCAAACUUUGUUGAAUAAUUCAUCCUUACUAAGGAAGAACCCGUCAUCAGUCACUCCAUGAUCUCCGUCUGCCUAGAUGCAACCAUUGGCACCUGGUACUUGGCGAUAUUUAUUUGUGAAUAGCACCUUUGUGAUUGCCUACAUAAGAGUUACCUAGAGGAACAAUUUUGAUUUCCUUUUCUCUAUUUCCAU